AUGAAGGUCCAUAGCGCUGGUCGUGCAAUCUCUGAUACGACGGUAUACCUUUUCGACCAGAGUAAGGCCAUCCUUCCGCGGUUCGACAGGCAGUCGGAGACAGACCUGCACGAGAUGCCUGCCGAGGCCAUAGUUGCUGGACGUCCUGGCUCGUACCAGACCCAAGAACAAGCCGCUGUUUCCAUCAGCGUCAAGGACCAGCUCGCCGCGGCCGAGGACUAUGCCGAGUGCUUGGUCAUAGUAGAAAACUGCUUCACGCUGGCCCUGGGCACUUGCUCGACUUGCUCGAGAUCGACCCCGAACAGCUGGGCUACAACAUGGUGGUGGCCAACCUGGGCAUCGACUCACUCGUGGCCAUUCGGACCCGGGAGUGGUUCCUCAACGAAAUGUGCCGAGGAUGAAGGUCAUGUCGGACAGCUACUCAAUGUCGCGCGCAUGUGCGACGAUGUGCUUGUGGACUGCCGGAGGCUUCACAAGGCUUAG